AUUCACCCUCACAUUAAAGAAUCGCUUUCAUAUUCUUCGUCACCAGAUUAUAACUCUUCGGCUAUAAAUAAGUCACGACCUUCUGAUAGUUCAUCACAUUCUAUCACGCAUCAAGAAAUGGAAGAGUUUUUAAGAAGUCAUAGACAAGAGCUCAGGGAAAUUAGCGACACUAGUAAACAAGAAACUAAACUCUUGGCGAACUUUACCUUAGGAAUGAACUCCAAUAAUGACUUGGGCGGAACACAUGAGAUUACAGUUGGUGCUUUUGAACAAUACCUCGAUGAAUUAGACGGACUUUUAGAAUCCAAAGAACGAGUUAUCUCUGAAUUGAGACGCAAAAUAUCACAGCUUUGGCGACGAAGCUAA